UACAGCAUUAGAGGACUCAGAGGACGGAGAAGAAAGAUCUGAAGUGAGAGCUUCAUUUUUCUGCGGUUAUUUUUCUUGUUACUUCUGUGUGUCUGAGAUGCUGUGGUGAUUUCAAUGAUUUUAUUUAUUUAAACAUUUGUCAAGAUCAACAGAUGAUCACGUUUCUCUGCAAAGGCUGCGCAUUCUCAUAUUGUUGUCACAUGGUGUGCUUUUGAGUCUUCAUUAUUCACAGUAUUUCUUAUCAUGUGCUCUUAUGGCAGCACUCAGUUUGAAAGGACCAGAACCUUAUUUUGCAGAGUUAGACAUGUUUCUGGAUCAACAUCUUUGUUGACCCUGGAGCAACAUUGUGAUUAGCCAAUUACAUUUGAAGAACCAGAUAAUAGUUUCUGAGAAGUUUAGGUUUACAAUCAGUGUUUGGUUCUUGUACAUCAGUGUUAUUUAACGUCAUUACAUUUUACUGUAGAGAUUACUCAUGGGUAAGGUUUAGGUGUAGAGAUAUGGUCAAGACUAGAUGUUGUUCCAGGGUCAACAAAAUAUGUUGACCAAGGAACAGGUCGAUUGGUUGUGGUACAAAUCAUCUUCCAACAUGAUUCUGGACUGUAAAAGAACUCGAAUCGGAUCCUGGUCUGGCUAAGCUUCACUUUAUUAGAGCCGAUUCCCAAGCCGAUUUGCUCUCUCCAGUGUGGAAAAGUGUGAAGAAUUUAUUCUCGUUUCUAGCACAGACACAUUUGGAAGCAGUCAGGAAGUCUACAGGGGAGGGGGUUCGGUCGUCAGAUCGUUGCAGAGAGGCGCUCUCUCUCCGCAGGGCCCUAGACUAGACUGACUACUCCCCUUUCUCUCCAACAUGGACUGGACGCGGCCGAUUCUGCACUCCGCUACGCCAGUUGUGGAACAUAUGUGAAGAUCAAAGAAGUGAGUCAGUGACAGAAGAUGACUUCGGAGCAGGAUAUGGAUGCAAUGGAUGACAGUCAAAACGGAAACACAUUUUUUAAAUGCUGUUGUCGCCAAAGACUGAAGUUCGAGACAUCUGAUGAACAUAAUUGCUUAGAGGCAGCUGAAAAACAGAGAGAAAAACAAGAUCCGGUCCAGAUGAGAAAUGCCCCAACUACAGUCAGCGUUGAUAUAUAUGCUGAUAAAGGUGCGAGUGUAAAUGCUCCUUUAUUGACCGGAAACACCUUCACAGGACCAGUAACCAUUUAUGGCUCAAAUGCUGAAGGAAACGAUCAACAGAAGUCUUCAGAGAUGGCAGAGGAACUCAGAAAAGCAAAAGAGAAUUGGAUGAUGCAGGAAUUUUUGCAAACUCACAAAACGAACAUGAAGAAACAAGCAGAACGGAUUUUUGAGUGCAAGAAAGAAAAUGAAGUUAAUAUCAAGGCUGUUUACACAGAACUUUUCAUCACAGAAGGAGAUAUAAAAGAUGUCUAUCAGGAACGUGAGAUUAUGAAAAUUAAAGAUGCUUUAAAUAAGAAACAAACACAAGACAAACCAAUUAAUUGCAACACUUUAUUUACAUUAUUAAGGGAAAAUAAUGUGGAAAAGAUUGUUCUGACUAAAGGCAUUGCUGGUGUUGGAAAAACUGUCUCUGUAAACAAAUUCAUCCUGGACUGGGCAGAAGGAAAAGCCAAUCAAGAUAUACACUGUGUGUUCCUGCUUCCAUUCAGAGAGAUUAACUUAAUGACAAAUGAAGAUUUCAGUCUCCAUGAGCUUCUGCUGGAAUUUUAUCCUGAAUUGAAGGACCUGGAAAAAUCAAAGCUGUAUACAAAAUGUAAGCUAGCAUUUAUAUUUGAUGGACUUGAUGAGAGUCGCCUGUCUCUAAAUUUUAAAAGUAGAUCACUGAACACUGUUGAGAAAAAAGCAUCUGUAGAUGUGCUCUUUACAAGUCUGGUGAAAGGGACUCUGCUUCCAUCAGCUCUUGUCUGGGUGACAUCACGACCAGCAGCAGCCAAUCAGAUUCCUCCUCAGUAUGUGGGUUUGUUCACAGAGGUGAGAGGAUUCACUGACCAACAGAAGGAGGAGUACUUCAGAAGGAGAUUCAAAGAUGAGAAUCUGUCCUCCAGAAUCAUUUCACACAUUAAGAAGUCUCGUAGUCUCUACAUCAUGUGCCACAUUCCUGUGUUCUGCUGGAUCACAGCUACAGUACUUCAGAACAAUGAAGAGAACAUCAGCACAACACUCACUGAAAUGUACAUUCACUUCCUGCUGAUACAGAUGAACAUGAAGAGUCAAAAGUAUGAUGGACAAGCAGAAAGAGAACGUACAAAGCUCUUACAUUCAAAUAAAGAAAUGAUUUUGAAGCUAGCCAAGCUAGCAUUUGAGCAGCUGAAGCAGGAAAACAUUGUGUUCUAUGAGGAAGAUCUGAAGAAAUGUGGUAUUGAUGUGAGUAAAGACACAGAGCCCACAGGAAUGAUCGCUGAGAUCUUUAGGAAGGAAGAUGGACUUCAUGAGACAAAGGUCUUCUGCUUUGUGCAUCUGAGUGUUCAAGAGUUUCUUGCUGCACUGCAUGUGUUUACCUGCUACCUGAACAAGGACAUGCAGGAGCUUCAGUUUUUCUUUGAGUCAGAAGAAAAUGUCACAUUGAAUAAGCUAUUGCAAAAGGCCGUUGAUAAAGUCAUGAAGAGUCAGAGAGGACAUCUGGAUCUGUUCCUGCGGUUUCUGAUGGGAAUUUCACUAAAAUCCAGUCAAAACCUGCUCAAAGGCCUGGUAACACAUACUGAAGUCACCACAGAGAGCAUCAGACACACUGAUGACACCACAGAGACCAUCAGACAAACAAAAGCAUACCUCAAACAUGUACAAAUCAACAAAAUCUCAGAUGAAGCUCUAGUCAACUUAUUCUACUGCUUACUUGAGCUGAAAGAUCAUUCAUUAUAUGAGGAAAUACAGAGUUACCUCAGGUCAGAUGAACAUCCAGGAAGAGAUCUCUCACCUUCAAUGUGUACAGUGCUGACCUACAUACUGCUGACUUCAGAGAAGGCGCUGGAUGAGUUCAACCCAAAGAGGUUUACACUGUCAUCGUCACAGUACACAAGACUCCUUCCAGCUAUAAGAUGCUGCGGAAAAGCUCUAUUUGAUGGCUGUGGUUUUGAUGAAACAUGCUGUGACACUGUGUCUUCUGCUCUACAAUCAUCGAAUUCUCAUCUGAUAGAGCUAGACCUCAGCAGAAAUCACCUUCAGGAUUCAGGAGUGAAGCUGCUUUCUGAUGGACUGAAGAGUUCACACUGUCGACUGAACAUACUGAGGUUGUGUGUCUGUAACCUCACUUCUCAGUCCUGUGAAAGUUUGUCAUCAGUUUUACAAUCCUCAAACUCUACCCUGAGAGAGAUGGACCUGAGUAACAAUGACCUGCAGGAUUCAGGAGUGAAGCUGCUUUCUGAAGGACUGAAGAGUCCAAACUCUAAGCUGGAGACACUGAGGUUGUCUGGCUGUAUGGUGACAGACGAAGGCUGUCAUUAUGUGUUUUCAGCUCUGACUUCAAACCCCUCACACCUGAGAGAGCUGGAUCUGAGCUACAAUCACCCAGGAGAUUCAGGAGUGAAGCUGCUCUCUGAAAAACUGGAGGAUCCAAACUGUUUACUGAAAAAACUCAAUGUUGAUCAUGGUGGAGAAUCCAGGAUUACAGCAGGACUCAAGAAAUAUGAGUGUUUUUUCACACUGGAUCCAAACACAGCACACACUCGUCUCAUUCUGUCUGAGGAGAACAGAAAGGUGGCACAUGUGUUUGAGUAUCAGUCGUAUCCUGAUCAUCCGGACAGAUUUGAUCAUUGGGAGCAGGUGUUGUGUGGAGAGAGUGUGUGUGGACGCUGUUACUGGGAGAUCGAGUGGACGGGACAUGUGUAUAUAUCAGUGACAUACAAGAACAUCAGGAGGAAGGGACAGGGUAGAGAGUUUUGGUUUGGACGUAACGAUCAGUCCUGGAGUUUGCUCUGCUCUCCUGACAGAUACUUAUUCAGCCACAAUGACAUAAACACUCAUCCCUCUGGGAAGCCCAUCAUUAACAGAAGAUCAGGAGUGUAUGGUAAAAUAGGAGUGUAUGUGGAUGAGAGCACAGGAACUCUGUCCUUCUUUAGCAUCUCUGACAAAGUUACUCAUAUUCACACAGUCCAGACCACAUUCACUCAGACCCUCUGUCCUGGGUUUUAUCUUUAUUUUGGAUCAUCAGUGAAACUGUGUUGAUGAAUCAGAAGAGACUGAAGAGAUUCUACCCAGAAUGCUUUGAGCUGCAUGAUGAAUCGGUAACAGUGAGAUGUUUUAUUUUUGUUUAAAAAUAAAAAAAGUCACAAACAUGAUCGUUAAUAUAAUCGGUUCCUCACAUGACUGAAAUGACCUUCUGACAUUAUGAAAUAUGACAUUUAAUUACAGCAGAGUGUGUAGAGUUGUGCAACUGUUCACCCAAUUUGACUCGUUUGUCAAAGCUGGUUUAAAGUUUAUAGUUGAGAAAAAUGGGUGUGCUUUUUGAAAAAUUGUGUUAUGGCUUUGAAUUUUUAGUUCAAAAGCGUGGUUAUUGUGUUUUGCAAACUGAGAAAAACUGUACAUGUAAAUGUACUCUUAGUGAAAAUUUCACCUUUGAUGGUACAGUCAAUGUCCCAAUAUCAUUGGGAAAGCUUGCCCAGACAGUACCUUGGAAAAAUCUUCUGUAAUACUAGAAUAUGCAAGUGUGUCACAAAGUAAUGUACACUGACUUCCACAUUCCUGGAACUUUUUAUCACAUUCUAGUCUCUUGAGGAAUUCCACUAACUUUGUUACUGCUUCUGAUAUUGAGAGAUUUUGAUGGAGAACUUUCUUUAAUUUCUGAAAAUGGUCCGUAUGCUAUAAGUCUUCUUCUGUAAGAAAGAACCCACAUGUAUUGACAGGGGUCCCAAUGGGUCAAAAAGUACUGAACAAAGUCUUCAUUUCAUUUUAUUGAAUAGCAGAAAAAGAGACCACACGUAGCAUUGUAAUAAAAAAGUAGUUUAUUUAGAAAAAAUACUAAGCAUGACAUAAGUAGCUUUUAGAGCAGGGUUUCUCAAAUCAUGCCCUGGAGGUCCAAUGCACUGCAGAGUUUAGCUCCAACCCUGCUAAAGCUCACCUCACCUAAUGAUCCCGAAGACACUGAGGAGCAUGCUCAGGUGUGUUUGAUUAGGGUACGAGCUAAACUCUGCAGGAUCUAGAAGCACAGAUUUGAGGAUCACAGAUAGAGUAUGAAGAUGAUGAGCCAGAGAUGAAAUCUGUAUUAGCAGGAAAACGAAUGUUCCAGAUGCAGAGAAGGAGACAUCUCAGAAGAUCUUCUCGGAAGACUGGACUGGCAAAUAGGAGCACCAACGGACACCUGGCCUGUAAUGACUGAUCUUUCUGUUAAAGUGAAGUAAAACUCUCUCUGACUCCAUUUCCGAACUGCUGUUUUAGCCUCACUGUAAUUCAAAAGAACCAGUAAAUUGUCCUGUUAAGAUCAAAGAACAGACAUAAGCAACAAAUGUUUGUUAAUAAGGAGGAAAACAUAUGAAUUAUUCAUUAGCAUGUUCAAUAACAAAACAAUACACAGGACCACUAUUACUUGCAAAAUUAUGCUGUCUUAUGAGUAUCUUUUUCAUUUUCUGCAAUAUAAAGUGUAUAUAAAGCUCUCCUAAAAUGGGCUUAUUAGCGCCCCUGAUAAAAGUACAAAACAUACACAAUUUUAUAAAAGAUUUUCUUACUCCUGGAUUUAUAAAAGAAGAUCACUAGGCUACAUUAGAGUUUUAGUUUUAGCAAAUCACACUGUGCUAUCCAUACCUUUUAACAUUGAUAGCCUGUGAAACAUUAGCAGAAAACGCGGGGGACACCGCUGAAUACCGUAAACUUGCCGUAGCCACUACCACAUUCAUCGUACACCGUGGAUAAACAAAUCAAACAUCACUGUUAUUAAUCUUUUUAACUAUGUAUAGAUUGUCAAGAAAAAUGAUCCUUUUUCAUGUUAAAAUUAAAAAAAGUAACACUGACUAUUGUCACCAAGCCAGCAGAGGGAGCCCUUACCUCUGGGUGAUCUGCGUUCACUCCCUCUGCUACUACUUCCUCUUCCUGGACUAUAAAUUCAGUAGCAGGCCACUCGCCUGCUGGUUGCAUUGUUCACCUGUUUGGAUUGUUGUACUAUUGUUGUUUUCCGAGUUUUCUUGUGUUUCCCGAGUCAUUGAUUCUUUGGUUCUGACCCUGCCUGCCUUCUGAUACUUUGAUUGUUUGCUGCCUGACCCAACCUCUGCCUGUUUUUGGAUUUUGUUGUUGCCUUGCCUCUGAUACACCUGUUUGCCUUGAUUUGACGCCUGCCUGCUUUGACCAUGCCUUUGUUCAAUAAAAGCCAGCGAAUGGAUCCGCACACCUCAGACCCCUCUUCUGUGACAAC